UUGUCCUCUCCAUGCUGCGGUGGAGCCUCAGUCCGCAGAAAUGCUUGGCUGUGGGCAGGUGGCCUCUGUGACGGAGCUCCCAGACCGCACCUCCCCAGGGACAGACUCCAGCAGCAGCAGGGACAGAGGCAGGACUGCACGGGGCACAGAGGAGAAGGGAGAAGGGGCAUGGGACAGGUUAGGCAGUGACUAUACCGCUGGGCCGGGAGGAUUUUGAGCAGCAUGGCCCGGGAAAAACUGCCCAAGAGCCUGGUGCUCAAGAUCUGCCUGCUGGUCGCCGCGCUCUGCUUCUGCGUCUGCAUCCAGGUCUACCUGGAGCCUGUGAGGUGGGCCCGGCCCCUCCUCUCCUCGGGACGACCUGCACGAGGCAGCCGGCUUCCCCCGGCGCCGGGUCAGCUGAGCCACAUGGGCAGGGGGACCCCCACGGUCAGUGCUGGAGGAGGAGAGAGAGGAGGCUCCUCAGAGCCGAAAGGAGGCGACGCGGCAACGAAGAGACAGGUGACCUACGUGAGGGCGCUGAAGAGGGACGCCGAGGCGGUGAGAGAAGCAGGGGGCGGCGGUGACAGGGUCACCAGCUGCUGCCCCCUUCCCCAUCCCCACAAAAAGGUCCCACGCUGGCACAUUGACCUGCAGCCCUGGGCAACUCCCAGCCACUCCUUGGAGGAUGAAGCCAUUCGGUUCCUCAAAUACAUACAGACACCUCAAAUGUCCUGUGACACCGCGCUGGGGCCGGCUCCCCCCGGGAGCCCUCGGGAGCAGGGGGGGCCCUGGCUGGUGUGUCUGGAUGACAGAUUCAGCCUGGUCCACCGCAUCAGGAGCAAGCAGUGUCGCGUCUACUCUCUGGGGCUGGGAAUGGAGGACAAGCAGCUCGAGGGCAGCCUGGCAAAGGCUGGAUGCGAGGUUCACUGCUUCGACCCCAGCAUCAAACAGGCCCACCUGCAGGACUCAGACAUGUGGCACCACCGCCUCUCUGUGGACUGGAGGGACCCCAACCCUGCCAUCCCCGCCCAGCAGCAGCACAGCAACACCAAGAAGCUGGCCACCAUCUUGAACGACUUUGGCCACAGGAAGAUCGACGUGCUAAAGGCCGACAUGGAGAGCGCGGAGUGGAAGAUCUUGGAAAACCUGAUCUUGGAGGACGUGCUGGAGGACAUCGGGCAGCUGCUGCUGGAGGUACACUUGCACUGGCCUGGGUUCGAAGUGAAUGGGGAUGACAGCACAGUGGUGCGCUACUGGUACAGCCUGCUGAGAGAGCUGGAGCGUCACCACUUCCACCUGUUCUACAGCCACAGUGACAUCAGCAAACCCCGCCUCUUCCUGCACAGGAACCUCUUCAAUGCCAGCAGCAGCUACACUCUAGGCUGGGUCAACACCAGAUGGAGGCCAUAGUAAAGACACUGACCGAGCAGUGUGUCUGGAGCAUGAUGGGAGAUGUAGUUUGCAUAGACUGCUUAAAAAUCAAAAGCUAACUGCUCAAAUUGUGAAUUCUAUACUAGUAUACACUUAUGAGGUCUGCAGGAAAAGGGAAAAAAAGCCUCCACCUCAUUGAAGCUUUAAGUGGAAAAAUGUUUGGAUGUAAAUUAUCCAGUUAAAAGGAGCUGUCCCCAUGCCCUUGUGUGGGUUGAACAAUGUGCCAGCAGCCAAACUUUAGGACUCUUUCUGGAAAUCAUUUCGAAUAAUGGGAUUAGGACAGAAACAUUUGUUUGAGCAUGCUUCGUUUGCCAUGGAGAUUAUCCAGGAGGCUAUAUGGAACAUUUCUUCGGAGGCAGGGAGAUCUCUCUGUGAAAUUAAGAUACUGACUCACCCCUCUGUUGGAGGGGCCAAGCUUCCCAGAGUAGCUGCAGGCUAGCCCUGUUUUUAAAACCACAGCGAGAUGCACCAAAGUCAAGAAACACGACGACUCGUUUAACCAAACAUUUUUCACAUUGCUUUAAAACGUGAUGCUGCUCCGACAGCAGAUUUUAUAACUACCGUGUAGUUGAAGGAAAUUUCUGAAAUUGCUGGGAGGAUUGUGGAUUGUUUAUUAUAGAUCCUACACAAGGACACUCCUGUCAGUCUGAUUAGGGCACAUUGAAGAUGUGGAGAGAAAAAAAA